AUGGCGGCUCCGAGAGUUUCAGCGAUUUCAAGUUCGGAGUUGCACCUGCAACCAGAUGCAGAUGAGACGACUCUCGCCAAGCUAGGAUACAAGCAGGAGUUUCACAGGGAAUUCACUCCGUUAGAGGUGGCCGGCCUUGCAUUCAGCUAUGUUGGAGUGGUUCCUUCUAUAGUCUCCGUGAUCUUCUAUGCUAUACCAAAUGGUGGACCUUUUGCGAUGGUCUGGGGUUGGGCAAUUGCUUGCCCCUUUAUCAUGUGCAUCGGGUUGGCAAUGGCGGAGCUUGCAUCAGCAGCACCUACGUCUGGUGGUCUAUACUAUUGGACUUACUCGCUUGCUUCUCCAAGAUGUCGCAAUUUUCUGUCGUGGAUAGUUGGCUUUUCGAAUACCGUACAGAUCAUCACGGGAGUCGCUUCCGUAGGCUGGGCUUGUACAAUUCAAAUCACCGCAGCAAUCAAUAUUGCAUCCUCUGACCAGGCAUAUACGACUACCAGCUGGCAGCUCUAUGGUAUAUACGCAGCUCUGGUUUUGUCACAAGCUGUCCUCGUGAGCUUCGGUACCAAGGUUUUGGCAAGGCUACAGAGACUAUUCACGUUGGUGAAUGCAUCCCUCUGCUUCAUAAUCAUCAUUGCGCUUCCGAUCGCAACGCCACCAGAUUAUCGCAACAGUGCAAAUUUUGCGCUAGGGGAUUUCGCCAACUUGGACGGCUGGCCAUCUGGAUUUGCAUUUAUUUUGAGCUUAAUGGCUCCUCUUUAUACAAUAGGUGGUUUUGAUGCUAGCGUUCAUAUGAGCGAGGAGGCCUCGAAUGCUGCCACUGCGAUACCAUGGGCAAUAGUCAGUUCCAUUGCUAUAUCGGCCGUCCUUGGUUGGGGAGUUAACGUCUCCCUUGCCUUUUGCAUGGGAACUGAUGUCGGCAGCGUCUUCAGUAGCCCUAUAGGCCAGCCUAUGGCACAGAUUUUAUACAACUCGCUCGGGCAGAAAAAGGCCCUGGCUUUAUGGUGUCUCAUUAUUGUAGCGGAGUACAUGGUGGCAGCGAACUGCCUCCUGGUCGGCUCUCGCCAAUCGUUUGCAUUUGCUCGUGAUGGAGCCCUCCCAUUUUCACGGUAUUUAUACCGGAUCAAUCGUUACACAGGAACACCCGUCAAUACAGUUUGGUUCGACGCCAUCUCCGCUCUGGUAAUCGGACUUUUGUCGUUCGUAAGUACCGAAGCCAUCGAUGCGGUAUUCACAAUUGCUGUCACCGCAUCGUAUAUCGCUUACAUAACGCCGAUCACAACCCGCUUUGUGUUCAAGAAUGAUUUUAAACCCGGCCCAUUCCAUCUGGGGAAACUGAGCUUUCCAGUCGCUGUGAUUGCUGUUGUGUGGAUGCUCUUCAUGAUCCUAGUUUUCUUCUUUCCCGCGACCCCACAAACAACGGUACAACAGAUGAACUAUACGGUUGUGGUACUUGGAGGGUUCAUGUUUUUGGCAAUUUCCUGGUAUUAUUGUCCAGUGUACGGAGGCGUGCAUUGGUUUACUGGACCCAUAUCCAACUUUACGCCGGCCAUCAGAGGUGAAAACAUAGACGAGGAAUGGAUGUCGGAGAAGGAACAGCGUGAUGUAGAUGUCUCUGUUUCAGCGGUGGAUGUAUAA